CCCGCAAAGCCAACCCAUGCACGAAACUCUCAGCAAAUUCGAUGGCUCGGGCCGCCUUAUUUUUGUCACUCAUUCGGUUCCUUAUUCUGCGUGUGGACCGAUCAAAUCUUGAUCUUUUCAAGUUUAUCUGAUCAAUCUCUGAGUUCCAAUCUGGGAAGAUGGAGAAGAAAGCAAGAGUUCAUCCCGAAUGUAUCAACGCCUCCAAUCCGUACCAUGAAUGUGUCGAUUACUGCUACAGGAAGAUUGCCGAAGCAAAAGCCCUUGAUGCUGAGAAAUUAGACGAAGAUCACGACGGCUUGAAGGAUCCCGAAGAGCGGGCAGUGCAUCCGGAUUGUAUCAAUGCAUCGAAUCCGUACCAUGAGUGCAGCGAAUUCUGCUUCAGGAAAAUUGCCGAGAUGAAGGAGAGGAUUGCUGGGUAUGAACAAGGAAAGCAACAUAAUGAUAAUGUAGCAUCCUCAAAAUAUGCCUCUGUUCAAAAUGAAGUGGCACCUUAUCAAAUAUCUGAAUCUGACCCUCAAAAUGAUGAGAAUGAGGACAAUCAUCCUCAAAAUAUUGCCGAAGAAGCUUAUCCAAAUCUCAGUGAAAGGCAGAAGAAAUUGUUUGACUUGAGACUUAAAAUGAAUGAGGCUAGAAAAGCGAACCAAAUGGCCAUGGUUACUGAAAAAAGAAAAUCGGAAGGUGAAUUUGAAUCAAGGGGCGUGUCCAAAGAAAAAUGGCUGGAGGAUAGAAAAAAGAAGAUUGGAAAGUUACUUGAUUCAAAUGGUUUGGAUUUGAGCAAGGCUUACAUGCUUGAUACACAGGAGGCAGCUGAAGCAAAGUACAAGAAUUGGGAAAAGGAUCCUGCUCCAUCUGGUUGGGAUGUUUUCAAUCAGAGAACAUUGUACAAUGCCUACAAGAAGCGCACAAAGAAAAUAGAAAUUGACAUGGAUGCUUACAAUAAAGCGAAGGAAGCGGAUCCAGAAUUCUAUCGUGAUGCUGCUAGCCUUCAAUAUGGGAAG